AUGAUCAAAAUAUCAGCGUUUAAUGUUGAUUCAGAAGAGAGUGAAUCAGAAGAAGAAUUUAGUAAACAAGCACUAGAGCAAAUAGCUCUUCAGGAGUAUGCAAAAGCACUCGACUUGCAAAGAAAGGGAAAUAUUUCCGAAGCAAUACAGCUUUUAAAGGACUUAUUGGAUACUGAAAUAUUAUACGAUGUUCAAAAACCUAAAUCUAAGGAUGAAAAAAUGUCACUACCAUUAUUCAAUUUAAAAUAUUUGUGUUAUAAGAAUCUUGCAUCUAUGUUACAUAAUGCAGGGGAGCUCGAUGCAGCAAUAGAAACUUACAAUGCGGCCUCUGAGUUAGAUGACACUGAUAUUACAUUAUGGCAUCGUUUAGGAGAGGUAAGCAUGCAGGCAAGAAAUUAUGAAAUGGCUUUACAUGCAUUUCAGCGAGGGGUUGAAAAGAAUUCCCGUCAUUGGCCAUGUCUUGACAAAAUGAUAAUUCUUCUAUUGGGCUUAGGAUACAAAGAGCACUGUAUUACUAUCAUCCAUGAGGCAUUACAACUGGAUCCAGGAUAUAUGAGAGGACUUGUAUAUAGAAGACACAUUUAUACUGUCUACAGACAUAUGAGACAAUAUAUGGUACAUAUAAAUCCAAUAUACACUUGGAAUGAAGCAGAUGAUGAGCCAAUAGAUGAAGAAAAAGCUGAAAAGCUAUUAAAAGAGGCUGAGGAAGUCCAAGAAAUAUCUGUGCAACAGCAAAAAGAUGAAGUAUUUAAAUAUACUGUACCAAAAUUAAAAUUAGAAAAACCAAUUUCAAGAACCACUUGGAAAUCUGUUGGUGAAUCAUUGAUUCAUAUGCAUAAAUAUAUAACAGAAAAUGGCUUCAGCCAUGCUUGUCACAUAGAAAUAGUUUUUGAAGAAGAAGAAAUUGAAAUAUGUGAAGAAUCAGAACCAGUGGAAGUAAGUGUAACGGAUAGUGAAAAAGCUUCAGUGCGAAGAAGGGGGUGUGCAGUAACAUCACUUCAAAGAUGGGAGUGGUGUACCAGACGUAAAUCAGGACGAAAAAAACCUGACAAAGAAACUAUUUAUGAUAUACUGCAUAAGAUGGUGCCACUUGGCUUAGUACCAGAAGCAGCACAGAACAAAGAACAGGUUGAAGAAACAUCUCCAGAAGUAGCAAACUUAGUUAAACUUUUUGAUGAGACAGUAAACAAUGAUGAAACUGAGGGUUAUUUUGGUAAAAACAGUGAAAAGGAUGAUGUGAAAUCAUUUAUAGAUAAGCAUACAAAGGAGACAAAAGAUAUUAUUGAUUUAUUAAAUGAUUAUCUUAGUAUAUUAAGUAUUAAAUACAAGUUAAAAUGGCCUGAAGGGCUUUCAAAGGUGUAUGUAGAAGCAAAUAAUUGCUAUAAUAAUCAUACUGAUAUUCCAGCUUGUAAUGAUGAAAACCACAAUAAUUUAUUACAAUAUGUGUCUAUUAAUUUGUUAGCACAAGAAUUUAUGGUGAACGAGAAGAUAAAUUUAGCAUCAGAUAAAGAAGCCACUCAUGAAUUAAAUGUGGUAGAAUCUAUAAACCUAAUAAUAUCACAAAAACCGACUAUAUUUUCUGGUUCUGAAUGUUUAGAAAAUAUUUUACGAUCUCUUUGGCUCAAAGUACACAUACAUUAUUUAAAUAAAUGCAAUCAAUUUAUGCUGGAAUAUCUUUACUUGCUUUUGGAGGAAUUUCAAGCUAUGGGCGAUCAUCAUGAUACUUAUUUUCUUUAUAUUACCAACUUUACUUUUAGACCACUUAUUCAAGAAAAUGAAAUUUUAAAGAGUAUAACUUCUAUAGAGAGAAAUAUUAAAUUAUCAAUAGUUAUGGAUUUAUAUAGGCGAGGAAAUUAUGAGGAAGUUUUAUCAAUUAUUAUAGAAUCUUUUGAGCAGUGCAAGAUGAUAGCUAGAAAACAAGAUGAAAAAAUAUCAUUAGAUUUCGCUGUUCAGUUAUAUGUCAUAAUAGAAAGUUAUUGGGCUUUAAACAAAAUUGAUUGUUGUAUUAAAUGGGCAUUUGUGUGUUUACAUGAGUCGUUAAAGAUCUAUUUAAUUGUACAAUCAACUACAAAAGAAAAUGAAAAAUGGUCCCGUACUAUUACUAAAAUAUUAUAUUGCAUAGAACACAUACUAGAGACUGAAGGAUUAUCAGUUUUAGAUAUGGUGUCUGAAAAAGAACUAAGCCAAGGAAUUGAUGAUUUAAUUCGGUUAAUGAGUCACCAAAUAGAAACAAAUUUGUCUGAUAUACCAUUUGAUACUAUAUCUCCAUGGAUAAUAUUGCAUUAUAUUUUACAAAGGGAGGAAGAUCAAGGAAGAAGUAGGGUCAAUUCAGAUAAAAAUGAUGCAGUGCCAAACUCUUUGAAAGUUUUAUUUUUGGCUCAUGAGGAGUUAGGUGAAAAGAGCUGGUGCUGUCAUUCAGAAGGAAAACUACUUUAUUUCAUUCUUGAUAAUGUAGUGCCUCGACUUCGUGCUCCAGUUUUUGCAAAGUCUUUAGAGCAAAUUAAGAGAUAUUUGGAACAGUGUGUAUUCUGUCUUUAUGCAUAUCAUCCUGUAAAGAAGCCGAAGAUGAAAGCUGUAGAUCACAAAGCCAGUGGCUCUCAUACAUUAGAUUGGAAAAGAGCUCAACAAGUAUAUGAAAUUUUUCGACCUACUGAAAUGCCUGUAUUAACUGGUAACGUGGCGGCAAUAACCAUCGACAUGGAAACAUUAUUUCAGCGCAUCUUAUUAUUAUUGCCAGCAGAAUACGAUUUAUCUAAGUAUGUACUGGAGACAGAAAAAUAUAUUAAUUGCGUAGAAGAAAAGCUGCCAGUGGUUCCGCCAUUGUUACCUUAUAAAAUGAGGGAUAUUUACCUGUAUCUGGGUGAUCAUCAUUUCAAAAGGAAAGAUUAUAAAUUGGCAAUAAAAUAUAAUAUAUUAGAUGUGGUAAUUAAUAAUGAUCGCUUUUUAUCUUGGGCUCAAAUAGCUCUGUCUAAGGCAGCUAUGUUGGAUAAUGCAUUAAUUUUAUUUAACAAUUUUAACGAGGAGACAGAGUUUUUAAAUACCGCGAAGUCCACCAUCCGAUGUUUUAAACGAUCAGUAGAGCUAAAUCCUAAAGUUUCUUACUUGUGGGUAGAGUAUGGAAUGUUUGCGUACAGAGUGCAUUCUUUUUGUUCAAGGCUUUUAAAGCAGGCUAGCGAAUCACUUAGUAUGGAAGAAUUUGAGACAAUCGAAAAACAGAAAGAGGACUUUUUAGAUAUUACUAACAAUUGUUUGACUGUUGUAGAAAACUUACAGAAGACCUGCCCCGACUCUGAUAAAUCUGAUAAUUGGUUAUUGUACUACACUUUAGGGAAAGUAGCAGAAAAAAGAAAUAAACCACCUUCUGUUUAUCUAACAUUUUAUAUGCAAGGUGUUAAAAGUUUAAAAGAAUCAGGUGCUACAUAUCCAACAAAAAUAAGCUACAAUACAUCAUCUCAUCUUUGUAUAGAAGUUUUAGAACUUCAUUAUAGGAUACACGCUUCUAUUCUUAAAUAUAUUGAGCAACAUGAGAACAAACCGAUACCUGCAACUGUAGGGAAAGUAUUUAUUAAUUGUUUAGAGGAAUGGAAGCAUGGACCAUUUUCAAAAAAGAAUAAAAAAUAUAAUGACAUGGAUAUUGAAAUUGAAACUAAAUCAGAAACACAAUCGGUUCAAGCGGGAAAUAUACUUAAGCGGUCUGUUAGCGAUGCGGGUGAAGAAGACACUCAUGAAGCUAAGCGAUUAAAAUUAGAAGCUGCAGCGGCAAAAGUAAGACGUUCGGCUUCAUACGACACUGAAUGCUUUAGUCAUAAAGAUUCUUCGUUACCUACUGCUCUAGAUAGAGAAGACACAAAAGAAGAUGAGAAUAUUGUUGGAGAUGUUAAGACUGAUGCUCCAACUCCUAAUGAGCAGGUAAGUAAAACCUUGGAAUGUCCACAAGAAAAACUACAGAAAACUUUGUCCGAAGACACUGAAAUAAAUAACGAUAAACAAGACGAAAGUUCCAGCUCUUCUUCAUCAUCUUCUUCAUCUAAUUCAAAUUCAAGCGAAUCAUCUUCAGAUAGUUCAAGCAAUUCCAGUGCAAAUAGUGAUAACUCAAGUAAAUCAUCCCAAGAUAGUAAACCCAUAACAGAAGAAGAAAUAAAUAAAAUAGUUUCAGCUUGUCUCGAUGCGUUAGAAGAUUGUGCAAGCCGCUAUACACCGCACUAUAAAGCCUUAUAUAGGCUUGCACAUUAUCACUUUUACUCUAAAAAGGGUAAAGACAUCGAAAAAUGCAGAGAUAUCAUGUUGUCUACUUUCGUUUCGAGGUCAGGUCAAAAAAUGACUGGACUUUUUAGUGACAAAAAGUCCAAAAACUUUUUUAAUAAUAUUUGGAGGUUUACAUCUACAGAUGUUGAAAAAGCUGGCGGUUUCGCGUCUCAUAUGAAUCGUUCCGUAUUACUUACUUUAGAAAUAUUAAAAGAGAUAGAUGACCAUAAAACUUUACUCGAUAUAAGUUUACAUUUGCAAAAGAAUCCAGAUAAAGAUAAAAAAUAUUUACGAGAUUCUGAUAGAGAAGAAUUGGCGCAGCAAGCAUUUACAUUAUCAGUUCAAUCUCUUAAAGGGCAAGUCUUCAGAUUCAGUCAACAGGAAGAUUUGAAAAGCAAUGAAGUUGAGCGACAGGCCCUUAAAAGUCUGAUGUUUGAUAUUAGCAAAGCUUAUAAUAAAGUUCAAAAGCAACCAAAUUCAAAGCAACUCGUUAACUUACUCGUAGAUGCUUACAAACUGGUCAUGACUACGCCUGUUACGGAAAAUAUGAACUUAGUUGAUCUUAGUAUAAAAUAUUGUAGUAAUAUAUCAAAGCAGCAAGAAACAGUUGCGAGUAUGGAUAAAACUCAAAACUUACAAAAGAAACAAAGCGUAAAAUAUAUUGAUACGCUUAAGGCAGUCGCGGUCGUGCCAACCCAGACAAAAGUAGACCCUAAACCUCAAAACACGUCUUCAUCGGUUAUACCGAAGAUAUCAUCAUCACAAGAAUUGUCAUACCCGGAUUAUCUGCCGAUAUUAAAUGAUCCACUACUCUCCCAACAAACUGCAGCAGCGUUAUCGUAUAUCGGCAACAUGAGCGCUUUAGCCGGCUAUGCAUCUCUUCAGAAUUCAUUGCAAUCCACUUUCGAAACGUCAUUUCAAAGCUCGUACCAAGCAGAUAUUUACCGACUGUUUCUGGAGCAAAAUUUUUCGCCGUAUAGCAUGAUGCAUCAGAAAAAGAAGCGUGGUCCAAAACCCAUGAGAAGAUCAUUGUCGAGUGGUUCAUCGCAAACCAAACAAAAACCAUAUUCGGUAUCCUUGCCAUCUGUAUCGAAAGCUGCUCCUACCCCUGUCAUAACCAGCCUACAGAAAUCAACGUCUCAAUUAACUCCUAGCAUGGGAACAGUCUUGUCAUCGUUACCUCCUUCGAUGACUGCAAGCCUGACCUCUUUUGGGGCAACAAGCACGCAUUCAAGUUCUCAUAGCUUCAUUCCUCAAGCGCACUCUUCGAGCUCGUCGAUAUCCGUCCACUCGAAACCUACUAUCCUUCACAAAGUCAGUCCAAGUAAAACACUGCAGGAAAAAUUGGCCGAAAAACACAAGAAUUUGCCUUCCACUAAAACUGUCCCUCAGGAGAUUAAUGCGUCGAUAAGUAGACUACCCUCUUCGUUAACUAUAACUAAAACGUCGAGUUCCAAACAGCCGUUGGUGCAAGGAAAGAAGCCAGAAAUAAAAAACGACAUGAGACCAAAACCUAUUUCAUCAGAUGAAGUGAUUGUAUUGGACGAUGAU